AUGGCGGAGGAGGUGAAAUCGCCUGUCGCUGUGGAUGCCACAAACCCUGCGGAGGAGGCGACGCGCUCUACGAAUGCUGCCGCUGAGUCUACGGCUGCAGAGGCAAAGCCGGCUGAGGACGGCGCCGUAGCCGCCUCUGAUGUGACUGAAGCCUCAGACGACAAAGACAACCAGGAGAAUGCCGCCGCGAAAGAUGAUGUCACCGCUGAUGCGCAGGCUGAGCCCACUGCGGCUAGCGACGAUACGGAAGCUGCACCUGCCUCUGACGCGCCCGCGACAAAUGGUACCCCCGCGCCUAAGAAAGUAGCAAACGGCAAGCGCAAGGCAGCCGCUGGCAUUCCUGAGCACAAGAAGAAGACACCAGCUAAGAAGGCAAAGAAGGCUCCUGAGCUUCGCUUGAAUGUGUCGCCUGGGGACAUGCACAUGGUUGCUAUGCGCGGUUACCAACCAUGGCCAGUCAUUGUGUGUGAUGAGGAGAUGCUUCCCGAGUCACUUCUUAGCAAACGUCCUGUCAGCGCUAGGCGCAUUGACGGAACAUACCGAGAAGACUUUCUUGAGGGUGGCAAGAAUGCCAAAGACCGACGAUACCCUAUUAUGUUUCUGGGUACCAAUGAAUUUGCGUGGCAAGUCAACACUGAUUUGUUGCCGUUUGACCUUGAAGAAGUUAAGAAGGAUGUCGAGACCGGCAACCAAGGGAAACGGAACAAGGCUCUUUGGGAAGCAUACCAAAUUGCUGCCGAGGGCCACGAUCUGGCAUACUUCAAGGAAAUGCUUUCUGCCCAUGAAUCAGCGAUGCAGGAAGAUCUCGAGCAGCGCGAGCAGAAGCAGCAACAGAAAAAGGAGAAGGCUGAAAAGGCUGCCAAGCGCAAGAGCACAGCCGUUGACUCUUCGGAAGAUGUUGACAUGGAAGACACUGGUGAUGCCGCUCCGUCCGCUAAGAAGGCCAAAGCCACAAAGAAGCGCAAGAAGGACGACGAGAGCGAUGCCGAGAGCGGAAAGCCUGCAAAGACUCCCAAGACAAAACUCAAAUUGACAACAAAGACGCCGAAGGAAGCAUCUGCCGCCAAGCCGAAGAAGGAGCCCAAGUCCAAGAAGAAGGCCAGCGAAGAGGCGGAGCCUCCUGUACCCGAAGAGCCACCCAUGACCGAAGAAGAGCGAUUACAGAAGCGCGAGAAGCAGGUUCUCUACCUCAGACACCGUCUACAGAAAGGCUUCCUGUCGCGCGACCAAGCACCCAAGGAUGAGGACAUGACGAACAUGUCUGAAUAUCUGAAGCAACUUGAAGCCCAUGAGGAUCUUGAAGCCGAAGUUAUCAAGAAGACCAAAGUCCACAAGGUUCUCCGGGCUAUCAUGAAACUUGAGACGAUCCCACUGGAGGAGGACUUUGCCUUCAAAAAGCGUUCCACUGAGCUUCUUACCAAGUGGAGCGGGGCUUUAGCAUCCGAUCCUGAACCAGCUGGUGCCAACGGUGUCAAGAAUGAAGAGCGCGAAAAGUCUGAAUCCGCCAAGUCCGCACCAGCUGUAGAGAAGGUCGCUGAAGAGCAACAAAAAGACGAUGCUGCGUCUGAAACUGCAACUACAAAAGCAGCCGAUGCGGAUGGCGACGUCGCCACGACAGAGGCAAGCACAGAAACCGGCAAGGAUGCAUCCGAAGAGGCUGCCGAUAAAGCCGCUGCUGGGUCUGAGACUGAGAAGGUUGCAACCAUGGAUGUCGUUGUGGCUCAAACAACAACGUUGCCUGAGUAA